CUGGAAGCUUUCAGAUUCGGGUUUUCCCAGAUGUGCCAAUAUGACAUCUAAUAAAAUGGAACUUUGAGGAAAUACAAACCUUGAACUCUUCUUCUGUUAGGGGUGUUACUUGGAACCCUGACAUGUGGUUUCUUCCUAUAACAUAUAUUUAGUAUUUACAUAGUAGUUCUAUAUUUAGUCUCUUUGCUCAUAGUGGUUCCUCUCUCUUCCUUUCCAGGGACUGGUUCCAGGGUCAUGGCAUGCCUGGGAAACUCAGGGCCAUCCAAACAGUGAGCUGUCUCCUGCAAGGCCCUUCAGAGGCUGGAAACCAGGUGCUGGAACUGAAUGGCAUCAUGGAAAACAUUCUGGCAUUGUGUGCCUCAUCUCAGGUGGCUCACCAGCUUGUGGCUGUGGAGGCCCUGAUCCACGCAGCUGAUAAGGCCAAACGUGCCUCCUUCAUCACCGCAAAUGGUGUGACACUGCUCAAGGAGAUUUACAAGCACAGUGAGCGUGACAGCAUUCGCAUCCGGGCCCUGGUUGGCCUUUGUAAAUUGGGCUCGGCAGGGGGCACAGAUUUCAGCAUGAAACAGUUUGCCGAAGGCUCCACCAUGAAACUGGCCAAGCAGUGCUGCAAAUGGUUGUGCAAUGAGACCCUUGAUGCUGGCACCCGCCACUGGGCAGCAGAAGGUUUGGCAUUCCUUACCUUGGACGCAGAUGUCAAGGAAGAACUUCUGGAUGACAAGGCAGCUCUCCAGGCUCUGUUCCAGCUGGCACAGUCAGAGAAUCGGAACUGCUUAUUUGCAGUGGCCUCUACACUGGUCAACUGUACCAACAGCUAUGACUUUGAGGAACCUGACCCACAGAUGGUGGAGCUUGCUAAAUAUGCCAAGCAGCAUAUCCCUGAGAAGCACCCCAAGGAUAAGCCAGAGUUCGUCCAUAAGCGUGUGCAGAAGCUCUUGGCCGCAGGUGUGGUUUCGGCUCUUGUUUGCAUGAUCAAGAACGAGAGUCCUUCUUUAAGCCCUGCCUGCCGGGAGCUGAUUUCCAGGGUUUUCCAGGCCAUAGUGGAUAACCCAGAGAACCGUGGAGCUGUGGUAGCUGCUGGAGGGGGGAAGGCGCUCAUCCCUCUGGCUCUGGAGGGGACUGAAGUGGGGCAGAGCAAGGCCGCCCAGGCUCUGGCCAAGAUUGCCAUUACUACAGCUCCGGAGAUGGCCUUUCCUGGAGAACGGGUCUAUGAGGUAGUCAGACCCCUGGUGAGCCUCCUGCAUUUGACUCGUUCCGGUCUGCAGAAUUUUGAGGGGUUGAUGGCACUCACCAACCUGGCUGGGACCAGUGAGAGGCUAAGGCAGAAGAUUGUGAAGGAAAAGGCCAUGCCCAUAAUCGAAGGCUACAUGUUUGAGGAGCACGAGAUGAUUCGACUGGCAGCCACGGAGUGCAUGUGCAACCUGGCCUUGAGCCCCCAGGUGGCGGAGCUGUUUCUGGCCGAAGGCAGUGAUCGGCUCAAAUUGUUGGUUUUGUACAGUGGGGAAGAAGAUGAGAGGCUUCGUCGGGCAGCUUCUGGGACGCUGGCGGUCUUGACCUCGCUGCUGCCACAGAUCUGUGUCCGGAUUUCCCAAGUGGUGCCAGCCAUCUCUACACCUGGGGCUGCUGUAGAUCUACCACAUGUCUUUACAUCACAAUACCUUCAGCUGCACAGAAAAUGGAUUAGAAACCUGAUCAAGGACAUAAUUUUAUUGUGUCUCACACUUCUUGCCCUGCCCUCAGAUGCUGUGGGGAGUAGGAUGAUCCCCUCUUGGAACACUACUAUCCUCUUACCCCUAGUCCUUUUCACUAGACUAAACAUACCCACUUCCUGCAACUGUUCUUCAUGUUUUAACCUCCAGCCCUCUAAUCGUCUCCGUUGCUCUUCUCAAUUGUACAUUGAAAUGUGUCCCUGUGUAGGGAUGAUUGUAUGCUUCUGGUGGAACCUGGUGCUGAGUUGCAAGAGGGUGGGGGCCUUUCCCAAAAAGCUCAGGCAGAUCAGCCUUAAAUCACUGGUGUGCAGGGAUCCUCCCCUAAAUCUUUCCAAGGGGCUUUAGUCUGGUAAGAUUUUCUUUAUGGGUGAAAAGCAAUAGUAACUACCCUGAGCAAACCAGGUUCUUGGUACCUUGCACCUGAUAACACUGUUGGGAGGCAUUUGUAUCCUAGAGAUGCCAUCCAACCUCCCCGGUUUUUUAAAACUACAUUUGUUUAGAAAAAAGCUUCUAACUGGGAUAUGUAGCAAAUAAUAAAGCCACCACCCCACUUUCUGGGUUAGUCCUGGACCCGAGG